AUAAACCUUAUAAUUACCCUCCUAACUAACUUUACACUAGCUACAUUGCUCGUGACCAUCGCAUUCUGACUCCCCCAACUAAACGUAUACUCAGAAAAAACGAGCCCAUACGAAUGUGGAUUUGACCCCAUAGGAUCUGCUCGCCUUCCUUUCUCCAUAAAAUUCUUUCUAGUAGCUAUCACAUUCCUCCUCUUCGAUCUAGAAAUUGCACUACUUCUACCACUACCAUGGGCCUCACAAACAACUAACCUUAACACAAUGCUUACUAUAUCCCUUCUCCUAAUUUUCCUACUAGCCACAAGCCUAGCCUAUGAAUGAACCCAAAAAGGAUUAGAAUGAACCGAAU